AUGGAAAGAUUUAAUGAACAUAUUGGAGCUGUGAAUAGUUGCCAUAAUGAUGCUAGAAUACAGUUUAAAAGUUUUCAAGAUCAAAGGCAUAGUGUGUCAAAUGUGCUACGAUCUUGUGGGCGCGAAAUAGAUAUUGCAUAUCGCACCCGUUUAACUGCUGCUCUGGAUGUGACCCGCUUUCUUUUGAAGCAAGGAUUGGCUUUUCGUGGAAAUGAUGAGUCAACUAGUUCUUCAAAUAGAGGCAAUUUUCUUGAAUUGUUUGAGUGGUAUAGCCAGCGAAAUACUGAGAUUUUUGAGGUUGUAAAUCAAAAUGCUCCUGCAAAUAAUCAACUAACUUCUCCAAUGAUUCAAAAAGAUUUGGCACAUGCUUGUGCCUCAAAGAUCACAAGUGUUAUAAUCAAUGAUAUUGGAGACAAUUAUUUUUCCCUAAUAGUUGAUGAGUCUCGAGACAGUUCAGUGAAAGAGCAAAUGGGAGUUGUUUUGAGAUAUGUGAACAAAGAAGGGCGUGUGAUUGAACGUUUCCUUGCAAUUGUACAUGUGUCUGACACCACAUCUCUUUGUUUGAAAGAUGCAAUUGAUUCUUUAUUCGUGCAACACGGAUUAUCAUUAUCCAAAUUGAGAGGUCAAGGAUAUGAUGGAGCUUCAAAUAUGCGAGUUAUUGUUGCUGUUGCUAAGGAAAAUAUCAUUGUCAGUGAAUUCUUUGUCUAUGUCUCUAUGAUGGUCAAUUUAACUGGAGCAUCAUGUAAAAGAAGAGAUCAAUUAAGACAAAUAGAACAUGAUAAGAUUGUUACACUUUUAGACAGUGGAGAUAUUAUUAGUGGAAAAGGCAAAAAUCAAGAAACUAGUUUAGCAAGACCAGGGGAUACUCGUUGGGGAUCACACUAUCUAACAUUACUUUGUCUAUCCUCUAUGUGGGCUUCGGUGAUUGGAAUAUUGGGAAAUAUACAAGAUGAUGCCACCACUUCUGAUAAUAGAGUAUUUAUUGGGAAUCACAAAUACUUGUCACUUGUUUUGCAACAAAGGGAUCAAAAUAUUGUCCAAGCCAUGAGUUUGAUUGAUACUAUGAAAUCUCAAUUGCAAGACUUUAGGGAAGAGGGAUGGCAAAUAAUUUUAGAUGAAGUCAACAAUUUUUGUGAGUUGAAUAUGAUUCCCGUGAUUGAUAUGGAAGACAGUAUAGCAAUCCGUGGCAAUGCCAGGCGCAGUCGCAAAGGUCAAACCAUCACUAAUUUUCAUCAUUAUCGCGUGGAAAUUUUUGUUGUUGAUUUAAUUAUACAAGAGAUGAAUAAUCGUUUCUCGGAAGUUAGCAUGGAAUUGCUUAGUUGCAUAGCAUGUCUUGAUCCAAAAAGUUCUUUCUCUCAAUUCAAUGUGCAGAAACUACUCCGUCUUGCUGAUUUAUAUCCUGAAGACUUCUCAAGUAACGAUUAUGUAUAUCUUGAGUCUCAACUUCGAAAUUAUAUUUAUAAUGUGCAACGCGAUCCUCAAUUUUCAGAAGUUGGAGAUUUGGGAAGUCUUGCUCAACAAAUGGUUAAAACUGGUAAAAAUACAAUUUUUCCAUUGGUUUAUCGUCUGAUCCAGUUGGCAUUAGUUCUACCAGUUGCGACUGCUUCUGUUGAAAGAGUAUUUUCUGCAAUGAAUAUUGUCAAGACUGAUUUGCGCAACAAAAUGGGAGACGAGUGGAUGAAUGACUGUUUGGUUGUAUACAUCGAGAAGGAUAUUUUUGCAACAAUUGAAAAUGAGCAAAUAUUGCAGCGUUUUCAACUGAUGAAGACUCGCAGAAUGCAAUUGCCUCCUCUUCGUUAUUCGAGUGCAACAACUACCAAUACUUCAAGUGUUAAUCAAUAA